GUGGAACGCGUUGGCGGUGCAUUUGGUGGUAAAUACACUCAAAGUGCGCCAGCUGGAGCUUGGGCUGCACUUGCAGCACGAGUGCUGAACCGCCCAGUCAAGGUUGUUCUAAAGAGGGCCGAAGAUAUGCUUAUCACUGGGAAACGUCACCCAGCCAUGGUAAAGUACAGAGUUGGCAUCGAUGUGACUGGUUUGCUACGUUGCGCGUAUCUCAAAGUGUAUCUCGACGGAGAUUAUGCUAUCGAUGCAUCAAAUGUGGUUACCUACAUGUCAACUGGCUUGUCCGAUACAUGUUAUAGCAUUCCAGUAAUGAGAGCUGAAGGAUACGCAUUGAAAACGAAUAAGUCGAACAACACUUUCGUAAGGGGCUGCGGUUUGCCUCAGGCUUACUUCGCAAUGAAUGGUAUCCUGUGUCACGUCGCACACGCUGUGAAUAAACCUCUCGAAAAGGUAACAUUCAAGUGUGUACGAAUACGAAUAGAAUCACUCCACUCCAGUUCAAUAAAAACGGAGGAAUACGACCAUCGGAAGGAACCGAUUCUCAACGACGCCCUUUUGGAGUGCUGGGAAGAGUGCUUGAAGUGGAGUGAUUUCGACGAGCUGCGCGAAGAAGUCGACCGUUUCAACAAAACCUCGAAUCACAUAAAACGAGGAAUAGCUGUGAGUGCAACCCGGAUGGGUUUAGCGUCUCCUGGACCUAACGAACAGGCUGUAGCUCUCGUGCAGGUUUCUAAAGAUGGAAGCGUUGCAGUCACAAUUGGAGGAGUUGAGAUGGAACGUGAACUGAUCACAAAGUGUCAACAUGUUGCCAGUCGUGCAUUGCGAAUUCCUACCUCCUUUAUAACGGUAACUGAUGCGAGCACAGAUAAAAAAUAUAACCAACAACAGAAUGGAGGAACUCAAGGUGCAGACGUUCAUGGACGAGCGAUUAUGGCGUGCUGUGAGAAGCUAAUGGUAAUCCUACGUCCUAUUCUCAAAGAGGAACCAGAUUGGCGUAAAGCUGUGUUAAAAGCCUAUAAGAUGCGAGUGCCUCUGCAAGCGUCCGAACACAUCGGCCGAAAACAUGGGAUCCCUCUACAGUCAUCUAUGUAUAACGCCACCGGCGCAGCGUGCAUCGUUUCAUAG